CUAAUUUUACGAUUUGUUUUUAUUUUGUUAUGCGCUUUUGACAUACUCUUAAACCAGGCGUUGGUUAUUAAAAUAGAUAAAGAACUUUAAAAUGUCUUUGUCGGUGGACAACAAUAAGUCCAUGCCGAGAAAGGGCGAUAUGAAGCUGGAGAACUAUCCCACGUGUGCGGUAGAGGCACUUACUCGACUCGAAACAUUAAUAGCCAGCCGAAAUAAGCAGAAUAUGGUGAUGCAAAUCAUAUCAGAGUAUAUUUUCCUUGAAAGAACGAGCAAGGAUGCAGAUGUGCGAAAAUCACAAGCGGUGCCCAUCAGCCAAAUGAAUCUUUUCCAGGAAUUUCAACUGAUUAUAGUAUUGAUUGAGUACUUCUCGCGACCAGGAAGAGAUGCAACCCGCAACGCUAUAUUUCUAUCGCUAUUCGGAAGUCAUUUGACCACACAACGAUCUAAAUUGCUGUCUCGGCUAAUUAGCACAGCGGUUUCAGGAUCCGUGGCUCCACUACUCUCCUCCGCUGGCACUUGGAUGCAACAAGUUGGUUGCAAGACACCACUGAGCCUGGAGGUAGCUGAAAAUAUAGUGAGUGACUUCAUCUCAUACUCUCGGAAAACGCCAGAACAACUAAAGCAGCUGCCCAUGGUGGGUCCGCAUUUUGCGGCCAAUUUUAUGGUGGCCGUGGCAGAUCUGUAUUUAAACGAGCAGCGUUCGCAGACUCUAAAUGCCCCGCCAGAUGCACUACUUGAUACCAUAACGGAAUGGAUGACGGAAAAUCCGACGUUGUGUCAGGCGUCAAAGCAACCUUUGGUGUUGCCCGCCGGAGCAAUCGCCAUGCCCUUCACCACUCCCUUAGCAGGACUCUUGCGAUGGGUGGUCCUGGCUCCUUUGGUUUCCAACCGAACCGCCUACAGUAAUCUCCAUCUUUCCCUUCUGCGAGCCUUGCAACAGCUUGUCAGUAGUGGUGAGUCGACAGUGCUGCAUUUCCAGGAUCUUAUGCAAAUCGUUAAAGCUCUGCAGAGUUACUGCACGCGGCUACGGGAAACAAAAACGGUACCCGAAACGGAUGCUGCCUAUCAGAAGUGCAUGGAACGAUUUGCCCAAGCUGUGCAAAUCGCCAUGAACGCAAACUGCAUCUCCAAUCAGAUUCAGGUGCUGUGCAUUCUCGAAUCGUUACCAACACACAAAUUAAUGAAAAUCGUUAUAGCAGCCCAUAAAAAGUAGUAGAAUUUCAAAUUACUAAAUAUAUUUUAGAGGAUAAAGCUUUUUGGAAAAGUAAGUCGGUUUCUAUGUCAAUUGCAAUAUCCAAAUUUAUUCUAAAUAAUUUAUACGAAUUCGUGGAGUAUUAUAAUUUUCAUAUUCUUUAUUGCUUGAGUAAAUUGUAAACCAUUUAAAAUUUGUUUAUAUAAAUAGAUUGAAAUUGUUAAAACUUAAAUAGCGAUGGCCAAUUUGUAAGUCUAUAAAGAGAAUUCGGUUUUUUAAACAUAA